AUGGCAACUGCCUCAGUGUCUUCCUCUCAAGCGGUCGACAGUGGUAAUACGAGACCGGUAGCAUGCCUCAAUUGCCGUCAACGACGGUCAUAUUGCUCGAAAGAGAAGCCAACUUGUUCAAGAUGUCGUGAUAGCAACUUGAAUUGUACCUAUGAAGAGACAAGGAAGAUCACAAUCACAGAGUCGUACUUGAGAGAAUUAGAAGCAAAGGCCAAAGCCUAUGAUGAAUCAUUGCUGCUCCAAGCCCAGAGUGCGGUCAAUACGAAAUCUCAACGAAAUCCCGGCGAUGAGAAUGACGAGGAAUUCGAAGACGCGCAUCCCUUACUUGAGCCUUUCAACCAACUUAGUGUCCACAAACCUUCAACGAGCUUCAAAGGCCCUGGGUCUUCGGACAACUUUUUGCGAAGUGUGAGAAAGCUGUCCGGGUUUUACGGCGACGAUGGAAGUUUAGAUGCCAACCCAAACUUCUACGAGCCAAGCGCUUUGCCCUCGCGGCGAGAGAAGGCAAGGACGCGUGUACGACUACCGCCGAUCGAUAUAGCGCGAAGAUUAUUUGCUGCGCAGUAUACAUACAUCGGUACCAUAUUUUCUUUCACAGAUCCGAGGGAGGAAUUUGAGCAACUGCUAGUUGAGGCAUACCGUGGCCCGCCGGACGCUUCCGACAGAGAAGCAUGCCUCUCCUACGCCAAGGUUCUCAUCAUAUUGGCAUUUGGUCAACUCUACUCGGUAAAUCAAUGGGUUGACUUCAGAGGGCCACCGGGCUUCGAGUACUUCUCCCACGCCUUAAACCUUCUUCCCGACAAUCACGAAGAAGGGUCAAUACUUUGUGUUGAAACCCUAGCGUUGAUCGGCUAUUUCAUGCAGAAUAUGAACCGUCGCGAUGCUGCUUUUCUUUAUAUCGGUAUGGCUCUUCGUAUGGCUAUAUCUCUCGGUUUACACCAUGAAGUUGGUUAUAGCCCAGCAUCAAACUCGUUACAAAGUCAGGAUGCGGACCCAGAUACAAUAGAUGGCGAUACCCGCGAGCAUAGACGUCGAGUGUGGUGGUCAGUCUACAGUCUGGACCGUAUCUUGUCGGUGAAAUCCGGCAACCCCAUUACCAUCCAAGAUGAAGACAUUGGCGUUGAUCUACCCUCGAGGCUUUCCAGAGAGGCGGAGUAUUGUCCUGCGGUGGUCUUAAGGCACUACACUGAACUCUCUCGAAUACUUGGCGUAAUUCACAAUACUAUUUAUCGCAAGACGAGCAAGGCAGCUCCAAAGUCGGGACAGCGUUUGAUGGAGUCAGUCCAAGGCAUUACUCAAAGUCUCUCCAAGUGGAACCGCGAUUUGCCAGACGCCUUGCGGUUUGACCCAGCUCGUCUUAGCAUCAGCCGGGAGAGCGUGAGCACAUUUGCCCAUUACUACCAAUGCAUCAACAUGACGGCAAGGCCGUUGCUGUUCCAUGUGGUGCAAAAACGCUUGCAGAGAAUCCGAAGCAACAACGAGCCUGCAGAAAAGGAGCGAGAUUGGAAGGAAGGCUUGUCACAAACCACCGUGAGAGUAAUUGACAUGUGUAUUGGUGCGGCGCAAGAUACGAUCAACAUGAUGACGGUGGCAGCGCAAAGGGAUCUUGUCGGUAAGUAUUUUCUUCUCUGGCUGCUGGGCCUUGUAUUGAAGAAAGAAAAAAAAAAAAGCUCACGAACACAGCAACGUAUGGAUACAUGGAUGGAGAACACGUCUUCUCCGCGGCUAUAG